UCUUUUUACUAUAAAUAAACUCGUAAUUAGUUUCUCAGUCAUCACUACAAAACCUCACUCUUCACGCCUCUCUCGUCUGCCUCUUAUUGGUUCUUCUUUCAUCGGUUGAUUCGCUUCUUCUGAAAUGGCAUCUGACAAGAAAAUUAAGAUCGGGAUCAAUGGUUUUGGAAGGAUUGGCCGUUUGGUUGCCAGAGUUGCUCUUCAGAGGGACGAUGUCGAGCUUGUUGCUGUUAACGAUCCGUUCAUUUCCACAGAAUAUAUGACAUACAUGUUCAAAUACGACAGUGUUCAUGGUUUUUGGAACAAGCAUGAGUUGAAGGUCAAGGACGAGAAGACACUUCUCUUCGGUGAUAAACCAGUCACUGUUUUCGGAAUCAGGAACCCUGAGGAGAUCCCGUGGGGCCAGGCCGGUGCUGAUUUUGUCGUAGAGUCAACUGGAGUUUUCACCGACAAGGACAAGGCUGCUGCCCAUUUGAAGGGUGGUGCAAAGAAGGUGGUAAUCUCUGCCCCUAGCAAAGAUGCACCAAUGUUUGUGGUGGGUGUGAAUGAGAAGGAAUACAAGCCCGAGCUUAAUAUUGUUUCAAAUGCUAGCUGCACUACUAACUGUCUUGCUCCCCUAGCCAAGGUACUUAAUGACAAGUUCGGAAUUGUUGAGGGUCUCAUGACAACAGUUCACUCUAUUACUGCCACCCAAAAAACUGUUGAUGGUCCAUCCAUGAAGGACUGGAGAGGUGGAAGAGCUGCUUCCUUCAAUAUCAUUCCCAGCAGCACUGGUGCAGCCAAGGCUGUGGGGAAAGUUCUUCCAGAACUUAAUGGCAAAUUGACUGGUAUGUCCUUCCGCGUUCCAACUGUGGAUGUUUCAGUUGUUGACCUCACUGUAAGGCUUGAGAAGGAGGCCACCUACGAGGAAAUCAAAGCUGUUAUCAAGGCGGAAUCCGAAGGCAAUCUCAAGGGUAUCUUGGGUUAUACUGAAGAUGAUGUGGUGUCCUCUGACUUCGUUGGUGACAGUAGGUCAAGCAUAUUUGAUGCCAAGGCUGGUAUUGCUUUGAGCAAGAACUUUGUUAAAGUUGUUUCAUGGUACGACAACGAGUGGGGCUACAGUUCUCGUGUGAUUGACUUGAUCUCUCACAUGGCCAAGACCCAAGCUUGAAGAUGCCACAACAAAUGAUAUGAUCAUUCAAAGCUUAUUUUUCAUAUGUAAUGUUUUAAUUUUGCUGGGGGUUUUAGGAUGGAUGUUCCAUCUUGAGGAGACGUUGAAUAAAAGACCAUUUGGUUCCUUUCUAUCUUUUUUGUAUGUUUCAGGUAUUUUACGUUGCCUUGGAAUUUCGGCUAUAAAAUUCACUGGGUAUCCCAGUUUAUGGAGUAGUUCUACUUUUAAAUGCAAAUUGGAAGUGUGUUUUUAACUUA